GAAGCCCCGUCCUGUCUCCCAGCUGGUUGCUCAGCGGGUAGCGCCGCAGUUCGCCUCGCCCACGCUGCUGCCCAAGAAGGACAAGAAGGACAGAACGGACCAGGAGAAGAAUGACAAAGAGCCCACAGUGAAGAAGAACAACCACAAGAAGAUGAGACCGAGGAAUGACAUGGCGUCAGUGGGUCUGAGGUGGGAGGAGCUGCUGAUGCCCCUGCUGCAGAAAUAUAAACUAAACAUGACCUGGGGAGACCAGGACCUGCUCAACAUCAUCUUCCAUCACAACCCUGAGUGUCUGUUGGAAGUCCCCUGUCACUGGAACUACCGUCCAGACCACUGUAUCUACGGCAGUAACUGUGGCUCCGCGGAGGAGGAGGGUAUCUUUAUCCUGCACGGGAACAGAGGAGUGUACCAUGACCUCAAACAGCCUGCCUUCAGGGCCGUCUACGACGCCAUACGACAGUACUCAUUUAGGGAGGAUCCUGUGAGCUCUCUGCUGGUCCCACUGGAAGAAGAGCUGUUGAAGACGACCCGUUCAUACUGUGGUAAAUCACAUGUUCUGUUUACUAAGAGACUGGCUCACAGCCUGGCCAACGUCAACAGAGAUGCUCAGCGUCCACAUGGAUGGUAGUCUGAAGUCCUGGGCCUCCAGGCUGUCCUAUAGUGUUGUCAUGUUCAGAGGUGGUAGCCUGGGUUCUGUUCAUUAGAGCACACUGUAGCAAACCUUUUGCUACGGAUAACUAAAAUGGGCGUUUCUUAUUGGACAAGUUGAGCUAGUGCCUACUCUGUUUCAUUUUGUCGUCUUCUGUUUCAAGAAUACUUGGCACCUACAGCUACAUGGCUGAAUGAAUUUAUUUAUACAUUUUAUUUAACUGGACAAGUCGGUUAAGAACAAAUUUUAAUUUUACAAUAUCAGCCUACCCCGGGCAAACCCUCCCCUAACCCGGACGAUGCUGGGCCAGUUGUGGGCCACCCUAUGGGACUCCUGAUCACGGCUGGUUGUGGGCCACCCUAUGGGACUCCCGGUCACGGCCGGUUGUGAUACAGCCCGGAAUCAAACCAAGGUCUCUAGUGACGCCUCUAGCAUUGAGAUGCAGUGUCUUAGACCACUUCGCCACUCGGGAGGAAGAGACGAGAUGGAUGUUGGUGACUUCAUAUGCAGGAGAUACAUACUGUGUGAAGAAUGAUGUCGCUGUCAUCACUACAGAUCCCACAUCUUGUUCAGCGUUUCUCUGGUCAUAGUCAUCUGUAUAGGAGGCUAUAUGACAUUUCCAAUGCUGCCGAGGCUCCUCUUUAACAGUGCUGUCUGCUGUAUUCAAGAGGCCUUGCUCUCCAUAUUGGAGAAUGUGGUCUUAUCCGGCCUGCAGAACAUGACUAAACUCAAUCAGCCUUCCUAAGCUCAAUGGUACCUCUCCUAUUGACAAAGAGCUACUCUGAGCCCUCUGCCAUAAUGUGGACAGCAUAGUGCCAUGGGAGAAGAGGAAGGCACAGACAGGAAGCUGUUUUGGAGUUGGCUUGAUCGAAAAUGCACUUUUUCAAUGGCAGUCUGUUAUUAGUCUUUCCCCUUUCUACUUUAAGAUAAGAGGAACAAGAUACGGAUUCAUGUGACUUCUGGAUGUUUACAGUUUAUUGUCGUUCUUUAGGUUUUGUGUCAAUUUGUUUACUUCAGAAAUAGUUACAACCAGUACUUGUCUUUGUGUGUUAUUUUGUUUGUGAAGGUUUUAUUAGAUGUGGUAUGGAUGAAGCCGUCCGGGGAUGGAUCUGUUUCAGACACAUUGUCAGACAUUUAUACCAGUCUUUAUUACUCUGAUGUUCUGCUCAAUUCCCUCCUUUAAACAUGCUGGAACAUUGUCUUUGAAGAACCACUUUACUCUGCAGUCAGUCAGUUUUCAUGUGUUGUUCAGGCGACAGAUCGGUACAUUCAUUUGCGUUGUGUUUUAUAACUAAUGCCAAAGUUCUUUUCACUGUUGAAUGUAUAUUUGAAACAUUGACCGUCAAAACAAACAACUUCCUUCUGUCUGUCAGAAUGAUCUUGAAAAUGUUUAGUUAUUUUUACAAUACAUAUCUUCCUAAUGAU